AGCAAAAACCUCUUGACACAUCAGAGCAGCUCAUUUAGUUGACAUACAGGUUUCCUGUGUAUACUCUGUGUGUGUACAUACACAGAACUGAAUUCAGUUUUAAUUUGAGAAGAAGGGAUUAGAGAAACACUAUGGGAGCAUCUUCCUCUGGCUUGCUGGACGAGGCUAAAAUCAGCAACAUCAAAGGACUUGUGGACAGUUCAUUCCAGCGCUUCCGUGUGUUUUACUGUCAGCAGUAUUCUGCAGCCUACAUCGGACAUUUACACCAAGAGGUGGAGCCUAAGAAAGAGGGGAGGGGCCUGUUGCUCACAAGAGGGCCUCAGUAUGCUCCAGAGGAAGUGCUGUACCAAGGGAAUGUAAAGUUCUCUUGCUGGGAUGAGCAGGGAAAGAAAUGCAGAGAGAGAUACACCAUCCUGAGACGUGACUACAAAGUGGAGAUACAUGAAAACAUGGAGUCUUUCAAUCGUGGAUGUGCAGCAAAGUUGGUCCUCCAGCCAGCAGGGGGCAGUGUGUUCACCACAGAGGAGGAGUCCAGAGCUCACUUGGAGCAGACCUGUGCAGGAAUACUCAAUGGAGUGAAGGAGGAUUCUUCUUCAGUGGUAUCGUCUCCAGCUGCCCUUGCUGUGUAUCUGCACCUGCCUUACAUGGGCCAUACAUGCUUCCUGUUCCAACAGGAAGAGGAACGAGAUAACUUUCUGUCUACCCUCAAGACUUGCAUUAGACACGGCAACCUUGACCCCUGGUGUGAUUCAUCCUAUGAGAGCCAGGCGUACAUUCGAGCCCUCCAACUCUACCGACAGGACAAAGGAUGCUAUGACUCCUGGGAAAUGCUGCUGGGCACUGAGGAACAAGUGCUGGCUUGCCAGGUGAUGGAGGAAGUGUUGCCAUGGUUACAAAGCCAACUUCAGUCUAGAGUGAAGGGCAAGAAGACUGAAAGGAUACGACAGUGGUUGGCAACAGUGCAGGCCACCUACACGCUGGUGCUGGAACAACUUACUGCAAGUCUGGAGGCUCUGAGGGAGGAAUGUCGUCAGACAGCAUCAGCCAAUCAGGCUCUAAUCAGAUCCAACCUGGACCAGAUAAUGUCCUCUCACCUCUUUCUGGAGGAGAAAAUCAGAGCAUGUAUACAUGAAGAAGCAGAGAAAGUGUGCAGUGAGUCUGUAGCACUCUACCUGUCCUCCAUCCUUGAAGCUCUGACGGAAAACAUAAGUGCAGGGAUUCAGGGGAUGCGACACAAACUGCACACACAGAUGGACUCAGCCUUCACACACACAAACGGAGGAACAGAGGACACAAAGAAGGCCUUGUCCACUCUGCGCUCCAUCAGUCUGGAUCAGAGCUAUGGGCAGGUGGAGAGCCUGACAGAGAAACUUCAAAAGUUAAAGCAGCGCUUUGGACUGAACAGCCCUCAGAGGCUGGUUAACUCUGCACACCUGGAAAUGGAGCAGCUGUUGGAUAGCACUGUGUACACCUUAGAGCUGUUCCUCCAGUCAUCAGCCAGACUACAGCCGUCUCAAAUUCCUGUCAAGAUGGAAAGAGCCAAAGAAAGAGUCCUGAAGCAGCUGGACUAUGAUAGUAGAGUUGUCCAGAGGAGGCUCUAUGAGGAAGCUCUGCUGAAGAUCACUCUGCCCGCUCUCAGCAGCAAAAUGGACAGCAAGUGGAAGAAUGAGCUGCAGCAGUUUGAGCAGUACAUUUUCUCAGACUACAGCAGUUUCAUCCUGGUUCGUAACAUCUAUGAUGAUGUACUGCAAAGCAUCCUCAGCAAGGAGAUAGAGACAGCGGUCCAGGAUGCAGCCAGUAAGAAGAGCAACAAUCUCUUAUUGGACACCUCAGACCUGGCCAUUAGUCAGUACAGUCUGCUGGGCCUGACACCACCUCGCUCUGCGCCAGACAGUCCAGCCACUUCUGCUCGAGACUCCUCAGCAGCGGCCGCUGAAGAUCCAGAACCUGCUCCUGUGGUGGAGGAAGGAGGUCAGAAAGUCCCUAAGAAUGAGCCAGAUCUUAACACUGAUGCCAAACCUGACCCUGGUGUGACUCAAAGCCGUGACCAGAGCACAGUGUCUCCGUCUCCUGUGAUUGUUGUGACCCAACAGUUCGAUGAAUCUGCAGCUGAGGAGGCUUCUUGCAUCGAGGAAACCAGAGAAGAAUUCCAGCUUGCUACUUCCGCACCUUCUAAGAUGGAGUCAGCUACAGCUGAGCCUUCCAGCACAGCCCCAACUGACUCUGAUGCAGCUGAAGUUGGUACACCAACCUCAGAUUCCACCAAUCCCAUCACAGACUCCCCCGAUCUUCUAAUGUCCAGUCUAUCCUCGCCACAGUCCACAGAUGCUCCAGCUGCAUGUGCUCAAAGUGAUCCACCUGCAACGCCAGAAAGUUCUGCAACACCUGACCUCUCAACCUCAGUUACAGUGACAGAAGACACCUCGGACCAGCAUCCCUGCCCCUCAUCGUCACCCCCACCUUGUACAGAUACUUCAGUUAAAAUCAGGCUUGGGUCACUAUGCGAGGCCAUUGGUUGCGACUCUGUGGCACCUUCUGUAAUGCAGACGAUGGAACGGCAAACCACUGACAGAGCUGUCUACUUGACAGGACAAAUAAAGGACAACUGGGAGGUGGAGAGGGUCAAAGAAGAGAAACAGUUAGAGGCAGCAGAAGAGGUGGAGGUGCGUGAGAUAGUCAAAGAGGAGAAAAAGAUAGAGGCAGCAGAAGAGGUGGAUGUGCGUGAGAGAGUCAAAGAGGAGAAACAGAUAGAGGCAGCAGAAGAGGUGGAGGUGCGUGAGAGAGUCAAAGAGGAGAAACAGAUAGAGGCAGCAGAAGAGGUGGAGGUGCGUGAGAGAGUCAAAGAGGAGAAACAGAUAGAGGCAGCAGAAGAGGUGGAGGUGCGUGAGAGAGUCAAAGAGGAGAAAAAGAUAGAGGCAGCAGAAGAGGUGGAGGUGCGUGAGAGAGUCAAAGAGGAGAAACAGAUAGAGGCAGCAGAAGAGGUGGAGGUGCGUGAGAGAGUCAAAGAGGAGAAACAGAUAGAGGCAGCAGAAAAGGUGGAGGUGCAUGAGAUAGUCAAAGAGGAGAAAAAGAUAGAGGCAGCAGAAGAGGUGGAGGUGCAUGAGACAGUCGAAGAGGUGAAGGAAGAGACACAGACAGGAGAAGAGAAAGAAGAGGAGAUAGAAAAGGAAAGAAGUGAAGAGCAAAUGAAAGGUAUAAACCAAUCAGUGGGUGAGACCGUCAAUGAAGGCUGCCGAUCGUCUGAACCCCCAGCAGAAAGCACCACUGCCCUCACCACAGAACAGAGGGAGGGUGAGGAGAGAAUAGAUGGUGAGGAGAAAGGUAGUAAGCCUGAGACUGAGAAAAGAAAAGAAGAUGAGGAGGAGGCAGAACAGAGAGGAGUUUGUGUGGAAAAUGAAGGAAAGAAAGAGAAAGACAAAGAGGAAAAGGAGGUUUUUCAAAGCACGCAGCCAGUCGAAUCACAGCCAGAGAGUACCACUGAACUGCCACUGGACAGUGUGGCUAUUAUCAGAGAACUUGUGACUGAGAUUACUGAAGUGGAAACUGUGGUCAGCCCUUGCCCCAAUGGCAGCCAUACAGAUAUGUAGUCAUUGCAAUCGACUGGAAGAUCUUCCAGCCAGAUGUCCUUUACUAUUACCUUCCUCAAAGUUUCUAAGUAAAAGGAACAUUUCUUGGAUUUAUGUGGAUGCCCAAUCAGUGUUGACGGUAUAUAUAGUCCGUAAAACAAUAUAUUCCUCGGUGUGUGCUAUGUUUGAAGAUGUGUGCCAGCAGUGCCUACAUAUACUAAGAUGCAAAUCUGAGUCCUUGGAUGACAAAAGGAUGGCCUGGCUUGCUCUGCCUUAAUGGGGGUAACUCAUAAUGAGAGGAGUGCACGUUGUUCCUUCGCUAUCCAAGGAUUCGCAAAUUUGCUACCACGACGCAUUGUGCACAAGCCAAAACACAGUGUUGGGAAUCAAAAAAACUCACUCAAUAUUCAUCUGCCCUCUCAGAUCUGCUGGUCUUGGUUGUCUUUGCCAGUUUUUCUUCAGCAUUCUGAGGGUCUUCAGCACUGAAAAAUUUUCAUGCAUAGUAACACACACACACAGGCUCUCAGAGUCAGCAUCCAACAAAAUCUGCAAACAAUGGGAUUCAUUGCAGCAUGACUCAGGUUCUGUUGGCAUUGUAGGGCAGUUUGAGCAAAGGGACCACUAGUCGAAACUCCGCUGCACUGUAAAAUGUUUCCUGGUCUGUAAUAUCCUCUGCACUCAUAUUUUGCGAUGCCAUUUUUACUGUUGGAAGUGGAGCUAGUUUGCAAUACAAGCAAAGACAACAGGGAGUUCUGUUUUUGAGUUAAAUACGAGUACAACCCCAAAUACCCAGAGACAAUAUCAAACCUCUUCUUCCAUUUUGAAAAAAUAUUGUCAAUCCACACAAACCAAAUCAAUCUGGAAUUGAACCUGAGACCUGCCAUUUCCCAAGACAAGACCCCACGGACUGAGCUACUGCUGUUCCAACCUGCAGUUCUGCCUGCCUCCAACAACAUCACCAUCAUAUCAAAUAAUAAUGCUGGAUGAAGGAAUAACAGAUUUUGCAGCUGUGAACUUCACUUUCUUGGUAAAUAUAGCAUCCACUCAGGAAUUGACAGCAUUUACUAUCAACACUGAUUGGACGUCCACAUAAAAGGUGGCGAAUUUUCCCUUUAAUUGUACAGUGAACAUUAGCGAAUGAGGAAGGAAAGUGAGAAAAAACAAAAAGAGGAGGAAGGAAGGUUAACCUUUUAUAUUAUUACUGCAUCACAUUUUUUACUACCACAUUUUGAAGUCAAAAAGCUUCUUUUUUUUUUUAAAUAAAAGCUACAAAUUAUUUUGAAUUCUGCUGUUUGCAUUGCUUUGUUUUUUCCACUUACAUUGAAAUGGGAAAAAAAGACUCAAUAAAGAUGGAAAAACUUGAUCUUAA